AUGGCUGUACAGCUUACCCAUGGCUCUCUGACACCGGCUACGUUCGGCUAUGAGGGUAACGUCAGCUAUGCAGAGGUGGAGCUGUCGCCGCAGGAUCAGACGAAUCUGUCUAGCUUCAUCGACAUCUCCAUGUUCGUGCGAACCACCGCGGACAUGGGCGUCAUCGCAUACCUCGGGAGUGACCCCACCCUCCCUAAGCCGACCCACUUCACACUGGACAUGUUCAGUGGUCAGCUGUACGUACUGGUGAGGCUGGCCGCAGUAGAGGAGCAGUUUUCCACCGGUGACCCCAUCAACGACGGAGACUACCACUACAUCAGUCUCGUGUGGGACAGUCAGCAGCUGACGUUAACAGUUGACAACGCUACGGAGCAGUUCCAGCUCGCAGCGCUGCCCGAAGCGCCACCUAUAAUCGACCACUUCUACAUCGGCGGAUUUCCUCCAUCGAUGAAGAUUUUUGGACGAAACCGUGAGAAGAGGCAGACGCACGACGACCGCUUCAAGGGCACGCUGCAGGACGUGAGAGUCAACGAACAGCUGGUGCAGUUCUACCCCAUCAACGACCAGAUUCCCGAUUACACCUUACCACCCUCGAUGACCGUAGCCGUAGCCAGCAACCUGGUUCCCGAUUCCCCGUCGGACGACACCUGCGCCGCCGCGCCGUGCCUCAACAGCGCCACCUGUAUUGUCACCUGGAAUGACUACACGUGUGAAUGCCCGCCUGGUUAUAGAGGCAAGGACUGUGAGCUGAGAGACUUCUGUUACAACGUAACCUGUCCGGACAACUCCACGUGUAACAACCUCGCUGAUGGACACGAGUGCGUGAGCGCGGCGACGUUCGACGGUGCUGCCACCUACAUCGACUACGCGAACACACUGGCCGCCGACUUCUCGUUCAACGACGUGUCGCUGCGUCUGCGCACGCGCUCGCCAGGGGGCGCUGUGCUGAGCAUGGCCGGCGACGGGGGAAGCUACCUCGUUAUCAGCCUCGUUAACGACGACCUUGAAGUCUCGUGGAACCUCACAGGUGAGCAGCAUCGUGGGUUGGUGUACAACGUCACGGACGGAGACUGGCACGACGUGAGACUCAACCUGAGCGACGACAUCGCGUCGAUAGAGUACGAUGGAAUCGUCAACUCCGGACGCGCACCGCAGGCAUUCCCCGAUCUCAACGUGCUGCUAGAUAGCGUGGUGGUAGGAGCAGGGUUCAAGGGCUGCCUGGAGGAGGUGCGCGUCGGCACGGUGCUGCUGCCGUUCUUCCCCGACGACGAGAUCGGCAGCUUAUCCGCCGAGCGAUUGCUCGCCUCGUUCCCAGAUGGCGCCCCCGUCACGCCGUGCGUCGGUGAACCUGUGUGUACGGUGGAGCCGUGCGGUGACCACGGCACCUGCCACGACCUGUGGAACAUGUUUGAGUGUGACUGCGACGUUGGCUUUGAGGGAGACGUGUGUGACGUCAACAUCGACGACUGCGUCGGCCACGCGUGUGAGAAUGGCGCCACCUGUGUGGACGGCAUUGCUAACUACACGUGUUUGUGCGUCGAUGGAUACACCGGGGACAGAGCAUUGUUGCUUGUGUUUGUAGCUGCUGAGAUUGGACGUGUCAACGCUUACAGCAACGUUCUUGUGUUUAUUUCGUUCAACUGCACGUGCGUGCCGGGCUACGAGGGAAUCGUCUGCGAGAACGUGAUAGACUACUGCGCCGGCGACCCCUGCCUCAACGGCGCCACCUGUGAGUCGAUAACGGAAGCUCUCGACUACUACUGCCACUGCGUGCCCGGGUACGACGAUCGGAACUGUUCGACGAACAUCGACGAGUGUGCGAGCGACCCGUGUAUAAACGGCGGAACAUGUAUGGACGGCGUGGACGAAUACACGUGCGACUGCUUACCAGGUUGGAUCGGUGAGAACUGUGAGCAGGAUGUGGAUGAGUGUGAGUCGGACCCGUGUCAGAACGGAGGCGUCUGCGUCAACUACCCCGGCUUGUUCUUCUGCGAAUGCAACGGCCUGCUGUGUGAGAUCGACAUUAACGAGUGUGAGGACGAGAGCAAGUGUCUGAACGAGCGUCGUGCACCAAACUACCCCGGCGGAUACUUCUGUAACUGCACGCUCGCUACGAGGGAGACGACUGCCAGAUCGCCAACUGCUCGACCGUCGCUUGCGAAUACUCCGCCAAGACCUUGCGGGAACUACAGCUGCGACUGCGAGCAUGGCUACGAGGAUCACAACUGUUCGACCGUUAUAGACUGGUGCGAGCGCGAUCCUGCUGCAGUGUGUGAGAAUGGAGGGACGUGCGUGACGGUGCCAUCUACGGGCUGGUACUGCGAAUGCCCCAUCAACUUCGCAGGUAACUCGUGUGAGAUUCGCAUCCCGGACUGCAGCGACGCGCUCUGUCUGCAUGGCGCCACCUGCCAGAACGUGCCCGACCCGUACGGCUACGUGUGUCACUGCGCGCCGGGCUACACGGGCGAGGACUGUGAGACGGACAUUAAUGAAUGCGAGGACGCUCCAUGCAAGAACGGGGGAACCUGCACCAAUCUCAUCGGUUACUACGAGUGUGACUGCAGCGGCACAGGUUACACGGGUCAGAACUGUACGGAAGACAUUGACGAAUGCGAGGACAAUCCCUGCGCAAACGGUGGAACGUGUUACAACUUUCGGGGAGACUUUAACUGCACGUGUACUGCUGGUUACAUCGGCUUGCUGUGCGGCCACGCUGACGGCUGCCACCCGGCCCCACACUGCAAGAACGACGGCACGUGUAUGAACGUGCUCGAUUUAGCCACGGGAAACUACACGACCGUCUGCGAGUGCAAGGACGGAUACGAUGGACCGACGUGCACAGAGGAGCUGGUGAACACGGCGCGUCUGGUUGGCAUCAUCGUCGGCGUCAUCCUCGCCGCUCUCCUCCUCAUCGGCAUCGUCGUGCUCGUCGUCAUGGUGAUGACCGCGCGGAAGAAGCGCGCCACGCAGGGAACCUACAGUCCGUCUCGACAGGAGAUGUCCGGAUCGCGGGUGGAGAUGGGAAGCAUCAUGAAACCGCCGCCAGAGGAACGACUCAUAUGAUCGCCGCCAGGUGGCGCCGCCCGAGGAGCGAUUCAUGAUCGCCGCCAGGUGGCGCCGCCCGAGGAGCGACUCAUGAUCGCCGCCAGGUGACGCCAGGCGAGUGCGACGGUCGGCGAUGGCGAAGGACGCUCCAUUGUUGACGGACUCGCUCGCAGGUGGCGGCAGCGGUCGGGGCGCGAGGGACGUUCCGUUGUCGACGGACUUGGAUUGUCGUGUGCUGACGACGAUGGCGCCUUGCUCACAGCCGCGGCACCAGGUGGCAGCAGCACCGCGCGGGAACGUUCGAUUGUUCUAUUGUUUCGCACGGGUUCUCGCUGAACUUGUAGGAUGCUCAUGCGUCUGCUCGCUCGUCCGCCUUCCCGCCCGCGCACCUGCCUGCGUGUCCCUGUGCAGUACCAAUAGUGUGCACAGGGCCAGCUCUGUGGCACUAACACUACCGCACUAUACGGUGCGGAGUGCACGCAUGAUAUUAGUGCCAACGUCAGCGUUCAGGAUCACGUGCAUCUGUGCGGAGUCGGCCGGGCACUAAUGCCGCACAGCGGGAACGCGCGGCAUUCCGGGGAACCGGAGAACUUCCGGAAUCCAACAAUGUGCGGAGCCACACUCGAUUAUUCCGUCUUCAUUGGCAAAUUUGUUCCGAAUUUCUAGCGAAUUGCGAGGUUCUAGCAGAUUGUGAGUGUCGUGCGUUCGUUCCGAGGGCGGGUGCUGUGAUUGUGUACAAACUUUAUAUAGGUAAUGAGUGAUUGUUUGAGCCUGAAUUCGAUAAUGAUGACGAAAUAUAAUCGGAAGAAAUGGUAGAGAGGAAAUGGUCUAUUUAAGUAUUGUCCCUAUCAGUUAUUUUUACUUGAGCUUCAUCAACAUAAGGCAGCAGAGCCCGUGGUUACUACCGAUAUGCAUGUUCACGUGUACGAUACAAUCCUUCUCAUUUCCGCAUGUAAAGUUUCUUAGUAGAUACAAAUUACCCAACCCUUGUACAGGUGGCACUAAUAGUUUUGUUACUCAAAAACUAUCAAAAUGUGUAAUGCUUGUAAGCUGUCCAUGUAUUAUGGUAGAAUAGGACGUGAUGGGUGCACUGUGCAUGUAAAAAUGCAUUCCAUCUCGUAUCCGAUUCAGAAAAGUUUUCUAUUUUGUCUCAGAUUUCAAGGUUUAAAGGCUGAUAACGAAAAGCAUGCCAUGGUCACAAUACUUAAGUUGAUCAUUUCUUUGACUCUGAUCUGCUCUGAAUGCAGGUCGAAUGAGUUUAGAGAUUUAAUUGAAAAGGCAGCUAGAUUUUAUUCACAGAAGUUUUUUACGUGUGGAAUUGAUAUAGAUAUCAACUUUCUGAAACGUCUUAGGGACCAUGAUCUAUAAUUCUCCUUUUAUCUGUAUUGGCGUUUAUAGUUGGUUUAAUCAGUGGUUAGGUGAAUGGUCAGAAAAAAUCCUAAGCAAUUUCACUGAUAAAAUCCCGGAAUAUAAGGUUCAUUUUAAGGUGAUUUUAAAUGUGAAGUUAUAUGACAUCUAUCCUUGAGAUAUUUAAGACUAUAUUCUAUAGCUGCUCUUGCUGAUUUUUUUACCAUGUAAAUCUAUAAUGCGGGCAAACAUGUAAUAAGCGAAUAUCUGCCAGCUUACCUUAUAUUUUACAUCAGCAGAUGAGGAGAUAUAUUAUUAUAAGUGCAGAGGUGUGUAUUAUUAGUGUAUGAUGCUAACUUAUUGUGUACAUAUAUAGGGGCCUACUGUUGCACACUCUACAUUUAAUUAGCUUGUGAUUUGUGUGAGAAAAGUAUGAAAAUGUUAAAUCACGUGCGAUCUUACGCGCCUACUCGCCCGUCCACUGUUUUAAUAUAGUGUCACAUCCUCCGUUUUUUCCAAGGUCAUGGAGGUUAUUGUUAUCCGAAUCGUGCCUUUUUUAUUAGGAAACCACGAGCAGGGAGUCCACGAGUGAUGAUUGUUAGCCGUCGCACUGGACUAGGCUUAUGUUGUCAGGGAGUAAUAUGAAAGGUAGCUCCAAUGAGUGGUGGCGUUGUAGGUAGUAGAUGGUUAUGAAAGUCAUCUAUAGCUCGAACCAUCGUAGUUCUAUUCGGUAGGCGUCGUUCCCGGUAUUUGGUGCGGUGUGGUUUGUGUGGAGGGUUGUUUAUUCACCGCGAACCAUCGCACAACCGACAUCAUAGUGUAGAGAAAUAAUCCCACGUCGUCGUAGUCACGUGGCGUCAUCUGGUGGGCAGCCUGAAUUUAGUUCUACGUGAUUCACUCGUUUUACUCGAUUUAACGAAAGUCAUCUAUUGUAAAUGUAAUCUGUCUUUUUAAUCUAAUUGUAAACAGCAGGCGAUAGCAUACAGUGGAUCGUUGGUCGCAUUUCGUGCGCACAUUCCAUGUUCGGGUACAAAGAACGCGUGGUUAAAUAUGAUUAUUCGUGUAUUUUUUUAAUACGUAAUUCGUACAGUUGUAAAUAAUCGUGUAUAUUUAAAAAUGUAGACGGUAGAUGAUUUUUACUCGGACAAGUUUAUACGACGAAAACAUGUAACAAUGUCACACGGACACCAUCGUGUGUGUGUGACGAUGUCUAUAAUGUUUAUAUACCAUCCAGGGAACAACAACAUUUAUACACAAACACAUUCCCAUUACGAGCAAUGUGAUAAGAAGCUUUGCAUUUGCUUUGAAGAUGUAUAAUAUUUGCACACGAAAAUCUGUAACUAUCUAUAACGGUAAAGUUUUCGUCUGAUAUGUUUACAAUCGGUUACUUUAAUAACAAUAUCAAUGUGAAUCAUGGUCACGGGUUCAGCAUACGAGACUGACUGGCCAUGCGCGCGUUAUAUCUGACGUCGCAAUAGUUCAAUCAUUUUACAGUCGAUAUCAGAUCAAUCUAUUUCGCAUCCAUCUUGGCGAUUACAGUAAAGAUAUAAUGUGUGUGAAUUCCACGCUCGGGUGCGUAAUGGUACUAAACAAAGUCAUUGUGGAGAGCGAAAUCGGUAGCCGAGCCCGUAAUUCCCCGCUGUCUGAUGGUGGGGUGGCCGCCAUGACAGUUGACGCCCGCCUUGUGAUGAUGGUAUUGCAUAAUAAAGAUGUCAUCAUCGUACUCUUUACACAAAA